UCUCUUUUAACUUCAUAAUUCAUUUUAAAUUUUGUGCUGACAACACGUUAGAAAAAAGUCUCCAAAAAUUGUAUAAUAUAUAUACAGUAAAUCGUAAAUUAUGACAUCGAAAGUAUCUCAUGAACUGCUCUAUGCGGCUGUCAAAAAUAUACUACAAAACUCGCCGGACCAGGAUAGUGACCGCCUGCAAAAUGUAGAGCUGCAGAUUGGACUUCGGGACUAUGAUCCUGAAAAAUACAAGAGCUUCCAUGGAAGUGUUACUCUACAUCAUCUGGCAGUUCCACGAUUUAAGGUCUGCAUCUUCGGAGAUCAACAGCAUUGUUAUCAGGCCAAGGCCAUUGGCUUGGAUUGCCUGGAUAUGGAUGCCAUCAGGAAACUCAACAAGGAUCAAAAGUUGAUUAAGAAGCUGGCCAAGUCCUAUGAUGCCUUCUUGGCCUCCGAAUCGAUAAUCAAGCAGAUCCCAAAGCUAGUGGGUCAUGGUUUCACCAAUGCAGGAAAGUUUCUUGUCCCUUUGACUCACAAGGAAUCGAUGAGUUACAAAAUCAAGGUACUAUCCACCAAGAAGUUGCUGAUGAAAAAGAUGGUGUGUCUUUCGGUUAAUGUUGGACAUGUUGGCAUGCAGGCAGAGGAGUUAACUCAAAACUUAACUAUUUCGAUUAAUUUUCUGGUAUCCCUGCUGAAAGAUAACUGGCGAAAUGUUAGCUCACUUCAUAUCAAGUCAUCUUUGGGUGUUCCUCUUCGUCUGUACUAGAUAACUCUUAAGUUAAAGAGAAGAAAGUGUGAAUCAAGUGUAAUAAAGUAUCACGUGUUGUCUGAAA